CCCUAACAAUAACGUCCCUAAAACUCCAUGGCCAUCUCCAAGCUUGCAAUUUGCUUAGCAUGCAUCAUGGCACUAGCCAUGGCAGGCCAUGCAGCGGCUCAAAACUCACCGGACGACUAUGUUAAUGCCCACAACUCAGCUCGUAGCCAAGUCGGUGUCGGUCCAGUGACAUGGGACGAUACCGUGACGGCCUAUGCAGAGAACUACGCCAACCAAAGAGCCAAUGACUGUCAGCUCAUCCAUUCAAAUGGACCUUAUGGUGAGAAUCUCUUUUGGGGUUCUGGGGCUGAUUACAAUGCAGUUGAUGCAGUGAAUUUAUGGGUCUCUGAAGGCCAAGACUAUGAUUAUAAUAGUAACACUUGUGCUGAAGGGAAGGUCUGUGGGCAUUACACUCAGGUGGUGUGGAGUAACUCAACAAACAUUGGUUGUGCUUGUGUGGUGUGCAACAAUAACGGUGGCAUCUUCAUCACCUGCAACUAUAACCCUGCUGGUAAUAUCAUUGGAGAGCGCCCUUACUAA